AUGCCGGCCCCGCUGCUGCCUUUGGCUGUACUCCUGGCCACUGCUGCCGUUGUUGGGCUGGUCACGGGGCCCAGCUUGCCGCCACCGCCGCCGUCACCACCAGCAGAAGAGCCUGGGAGUCAUCCAGGUGUGUGCCCCAACCACCUGAACCCCCAUCUGUGGGUGGACGCCCAGAGCACCUGUGAGCGGGAGUGCCUGGGAGACCAGGACUGCGCGGCUCCGGAAAGGUGCUGCCCCAACGUGUGCGGUCUGCGGAGCUGUGUGGCGGCGCGCUUCGGCCCCGGAGAGCCCACAGCACCAGCCGCCGCCUCGUGUGAGGGUUUCGUGUGCCAGCAGCAAGGCUCCGACUGUGACAUCUGGGACGGUCAGCCCGUGUGCCGCUGCCGUGAGCGCUGCGGAAAAGAACCCAGUUUCACGUGCGCCUCUGACGGUCUCACCUACUACAACCGCUGCUACCUGGACGCCGAGGCCUGCCUGCGCGGUCUGCGCCUGCGCGUGGUUCCCUGCAAGUCGGUGCUGGGCUGGCCUUCCAGCAGUCCGGGACCCCCCGACGUCCCAGAGACCCCUGAGACCACGGUGCGCCCAACACACGGAGUUGUGUCCGAAGCGCCCGAGCCGCCCGCCCUUUACAGUAACCCCUCGCCACAGGUGGUGGUCGUCGGCGGCACGGCUAGCCUGCAUUGCGACGUCAGCGGUCGCCCACCACCCGCCAUCACCUGGGAGAGGCAGAGCGAGCAACAGGAUAACCUGAUCCUGCGGCCGGACCAGAUGUACGGUAACGUGGUGGUCACCAGCAUCGGGCAGCUAGUAUUGUACAAUGCGCGACCAGAGGACGCCGGCCUCUAUACCUGCACUGCCCACAAUGCUGCUGGCCUGCUGCGUGCUGACUUCCCGCUCUCGGUGGUGCAACGAGGCCCGGCUGCGGAGACCUCCCCACGCGCGCCAGGCGUGCCCACGCCGGUGGAUUGCGCUCCCGUGCCUGACACGCAGCCCUGCGCCAGCCUCGCAGUGCCGCGAGUACUCUGGCGCUUUGACCCGCAGCGCGGCGGCUGCGCCACCUUCGGUAUGGGCGGCUGCGAGGGGGCGUGGGGCGGCUUUGAGACGUACGAUGCGUGCCAGCGGGCAUGCGCCCCUGGCCCUGGUGACACCUGCGUGCUCCCCGCUGUGCGGGGCCCGUGCCCGGGCCACGAGUCACGCUGGGCCUACAGCCCACUGCUGCGUCAGUGCCACCCGUUUGUCUAUGGUGGCUGCGAGGGCAAUGGUAACAACUUCGAGAACCGCGAGGCGUGCGAGGAUGCCUGUCCGGUACCGCGCACACAGCCGUGCGGUGUUUGCCGUCUUCGAAGCAGGCUGGCGCUGAGCCUGUGCCGAAGCGACUUCGCCAUCGUGGGACGGCUCACAGAGGUGUUGCAGGACCCUGAGGCCGCUGGAGGCGGAGGCAUUGCUCGUGUGGCCCUGGAUGAUGUGCUCAAGGAUGAUAAGAUGGGCUUACAGUUCUUCGGCACCAAAUACCUAGAGGUGACACUGCUGGGCGUGGACUGGACCUGCCCGUGUCCCAACGUGACAGCUGGUGACGGGCCACUGGUCAUUAUGGGCGAGGUGCGGGAUGGAGUGGCUGUGCUGGACGCCGGUAGCUAUGUACGUGCUGCCAGCGAGAAGCGAGUCCGAAAAAUUGUGGAAUUGAUAGAGAAGAAAGCCUGCGAGCUCCUCAACCGCUUCCAGGACUAG